AUGACGGACUUUCGGGACUUUUCCCUGCAAUUCCUCAGUCUGCGGCAAAAUGCUGGCGUGAGUGCACAUAUUUUCCCGUGUGUGCAAAUAAGGGUGGCAAAUCUGGCGCCGAGAGAAGCGGCAGAAAAGAGUUCGGUGGAAAAUCUCCCCGAUUUGCUGCUGGAGGGUGUGAAUUUCAUCGAGGAGCAGCUCAAUGAGACCAGCACCGAGGGCUUCGUCGUGUAUCCAGGCCCGGAAGAUGUCUCGGUUCGGCUUCCAUCGCAGGGCAUUUAUCAGCAAUCCGUGACGCUCACGGCGCGCAUGUGGCCGCCCGUUGAGGCGGGUCCGCAGCGGACAGUGUGGGGUUUACCGGCCGUCGUGUGGGGCGUCGUGAUUGGCUGCACUGUGGUCGGAGUGCUGGUUCUGGCCACGCUCUUCUUCUGCUGCUGGCUUCUGCCGCGCAGCCGCAAGUUCCUCAGUCCAUCGCGCUGCGGUGCCGCCGUCACGAGCUCCUCAGCCACAUCAGGUACAAUUCCCAAUGCGAAACAACCACAAACAAAGCCAUUAAUCAAUCUCACACCUCUCGCGCUUACUCCAGACACCGGAAGAGGAGUUAUUAUGUGCACAGUGGCUCACAAUCCUCAAUCUUGGACGGGAGUUCCAGCUCAAUACUCUGUCUCAGGACCACCGAUGACAAUCCCUGUGGCGAAGCAGUCCAUUCAGAAGCCCCAGAAUGUUCGUGAACAGCCCACAACCUUCUGCAAUCUCGUACCAGGGCAGAGCGCAAUUCCAGACACUCACAAAUCCAUGUGGGCAAUUAAUCCGCUGUACGCCUCCAGUUCUGUUCUCAGCGAGUCCGAGGAGUCUUCGUACAGGACCAGAUCGCUUCCAUCGUGGGGAAAAGGCGCAAAGCAGAGGCCAGUUUCCACCACAGACGAUCUCGAGGAACUGUACGCAAAAGUGAACUUCAGCAAGAAGCGACGAAAUAGAAUGCGAAAUGACGAGGCGGCAAUUAUUGCUUUGUGUCGCUCGCGAUCGCAGAAUUUGUCAGUUUUGCCUCUCGAGCGCGAAGGAAUUGUCGUGUACGAUGAGAGAACGGCUCUCUAGCAACCUUUCCUCAUAUCAAAUCCAAUGACGAUCCGCCGAUAAGAUCUCUAUAGACAUGCAGUAACUUCUCUAGCUCCUGUAUUUUGUAUGCAAUCUGAGGAAUAAAG